GAGGGGUGGAGGGGGGAGGGGUGGAGGGGGGGAAGUAGAGGACCGCCCCUCCCCCGUCCCUCCCCCUUCCCGCAACGCGCGGCACCGGCAGCAGCGGCAGCAGCAGCAGCCCCAGGAGGAGCCAUGGCCUCUGGAGUAUCGGUGAGCGAUGACGUUAUCAGGGUGUUCAACGACAUGAAAGUGAGGAAAUCCUCGACACAGGAGGAGAUCAAGAAGAGGAAGAAGGCCGUGCUCUUCUGCCUGAGCGAUGACAAGCGACAGAUCAUCGUGGAGACCAGCCGACAGAUACUCGUGGGGGACAUUGGAGAGACGGUGGAAGAUCCAUACGGUGCCUUCGUGAAGCUGUUGCCUCUAAACGACUGUCGCUAUGCACUUUAUGAUGCCACGUAUGAAACCAGAGAGUCCAAAAAAGAAGACUUGGUCUUUGUGUUUUGGGCACCAGACAGUGCACCACUCAAAAGCAAGAUGAUUUAUGCCAGCUCCAAAGAUGCUAUUAAAAAGAAAUUUACAGGUAUCAAGCAUGAAUGGCAGGUGAACGGUCUGGAAGACAUCAAGGACCACUACACUUUAGUAGAGAAGCUUGGGGGAAAUAUUGUUGUGACGCUAGAGGGGAAACCCAUGUAAAUGUGACUACCUCCUGACAAUCUCCUGACAUUUACUUGCAGCUUUUGGGGUUUUGUUAUGUUACAUUUUUGUUGAAAGUUAACAUUUCUCAUUAAUCAGACUUUAUAACUCUUGCUGCCAAGGACCUAGGUCCGAGUUAUAUUUUCUGUUACAUUUUUACUUCUUGAAGGGCUGUCUAUAAGCCAGGUUCAUCGUACAUCUGCACAAGGGCUGGCUUUAUGAAACACUUAUAACUACACAGGCAACAUUGACUCCAUUCAAGAUAUGCCAAAAAUGUAUUUCAUACAAAUUGCUGAAAGCCUUUAUUCUUGCAGCUGUACUGGCCCUGCAGAUAGCUAUUGAUUUGAUACCAUACAGUGUUUGAUAAAGCCAAACCAUCAAACACCGUUUACACUACAUUCAGUACAUCUUGUGCAUUCAUACACAUAUUUUGUACUUCAGCUGUAACAUACGUUAACAUUGCAUGCUCUUUUUUUAGAAACAUUGUUCUCAUGUUUGUGCCAAGCACUGGUUUUAAUGAAGAAUUUAAGCAUUGCUGUGAAACUUGCAGUUCCAUUUACACAAACAGGCAUUAAGCAAUUAAAUACAAAUCCAAUUACAAUUCAAGGAAUUUCAUAUCAGUCACAAACCUUGCAGUAAUUUCCUGUCAAAACACUGGAGCCUUACAAAAUGAACAGCAGGCAGCAGCUAAGUUAUUUUACUUUAAAGUAAUUCCAAACUCUGCUGUCCCAGUUUGGAUGUUGUUAUAAGUGAGGCCAAGAUGUUGCCAAAGAGUCACUGCUUUGUAAAACUAAUGGUGUCAACGCAGAGCCACUGGCACAUGCAUAUAUUUUGGAUGUGUAGAAUACCAAACUGAUCAAUGCUUUGCUUUUAAGUUGUAACAGUACGAUGUAUUGUCGGUAUAUUAAACUACAUAAUACAUUAAAUGCAAAUUUUUUGCAGGCUUCAACCUAAAUACCAUACAAAUGUUUUAAAAUGCACUGUUAUAAAUGUUGCAAGUACUCUUACACAAAGAUUGUUGGCAGUAGCAGUUUUCUUCCAUGAUGGUUAAAACGUGAUUUUGCAUCGACUUAAUUUAUGUUGAUCAUUACAUCAAGUUGCUCUUCAACUAUCACUGAUUAACGCGACUAUUUGAUUUACAUUAAGUAUUUGUCACUGGUACUUAAAAUGUCACCUUUUGGUCAAACAUUCCAUCCAAUGAAGGCACAAAUCCAUUUGUGGUCAAAAAGUAGUAUGCCUUUAUUCUUGUCCACCUUCACAACAGAACUUUGUCUGCCAAACCAACAAUUCGCUUUCAUCAAAUCCAGCUUCCACAGCACAAGGCACUGGCAAUUGGUCAGAAAAUCAUACCGGCUCAUCUACAACUAUACUGUAUGCUUUUCAAAAUAAAAUUGCACUUUUGC